UUUGCGCGCGCGGUUGUCGGAUCGUGUCCUAAAAAUAAACUCGGAAACCGAAAACUGAAACGUAAAACCCAUUGAGGCUUUGACAGGCGCUUUUCCUUCGACCAAAAGGACCGCCAAGCGCAUUCUGAAAAGUGAAAAGCGGGUUGAGCUUAGGCAAAAACAUAUGUAAAUUUGUUUCUCUACAUAAAGAAAUAAGGAAGGAGAACUUUCCAGCGGAAUAUAGGACAAUCUACCUAACCAGUUUGGAAGAUAUUUCCCUGGAAAUAAAGAUUAUCACUCAUCGGCUAACAAAAUAAUGAAGUUGGAGAACGUGUUGAGGCGCCACAGCCACCUGCUCCUCCUUCUGCUACUGCCAGUUGUCAGCUUAUGUCCAAAUGCAUUGGCGCUCAAUCGACAGGCGGAUGCUGGCCAGGAUUUGGAUAUGGCAGCACAGCUGGCGGAUGCGGACGCCCAGGCGACACCGGACUAUGCAGAAGAUUCCCCGGACACGCCGCACAUACGAAAGAAGCGUCUCAUCUGGAUCACGGACGAUGGAAGAUUGGCCCUGCCGCCGGGCACUUCGCUGACUUUUGUGCCGACCAUCGCCAUGCCUCUGGUCAGACAUCCGCCCGAGGGAUUCUUUUCCAACCUGACCAUUAGCUUCCCCGUCACCAUUGACUUCGACAAGCUGGGACUGACGGACAACCAAAAUCCUCUGGGUGAUUUGCCGCCUUUGUUUGCCCGCUCCUUUGGCCACGAGGCUGGUCACAUGGUGGGUGAAUAUGUGGCCCGGUAUCUGCAUGUCCAGCGCCGGAGGAGGGAUCUCAGCGAACAGCGCAGCAGGAGCGACGAGGAUCAGCCUUUCAAAGUGCACGAGGAGGGUCCGAAGUUUCCGGAACUGCCCUCCGGACUGCAGCAUAUUUUCCACGGCGGAGAGAGGGUUUUGUUGUACGGCGUGGUCGAGGAUUUCCUCUCCACCUUCGGCAUGGACGGCAAGGCCUGUUUGCUGAGGACCAUCUGCGAGAUGCAUUCGCGAAGCCUGGAAAAGUUUGGGGUGUUUGGUGAAAUGACAAAGCUGUUUCUUACGGUAACUAAAUCGCCAUUUUCUGACCUGGUGCCCGACUAUGUCCAGGCUCAGGAGGUGGGCGAGGGAAAGCAGGCUCCCGGAGAGUGCUUCCCCUACUUUAAGGCCUGUCCCAAGAGCAUUUUCAAGGCCUUGUCCAGCAAAUAUAGCAAACCAGCUCCGGCGACCAAGGCGAAAAGGACAAAACCCACGGACAGACCGGUGGGAGAGUAUCACGAGCAGCAGGCGAUCCAGCUGCCCACCACUCGAGAUCGGGACAACAAUGUGUAUAUGUAGAAGCAAUCCUUUCAUCCUUGAAAACUCUCAUUGUUGACCUCGUCUAGUUUAUAGAUUGCGUUUGAAUUGAGCACGCCCUCAAAGUCACUUGCUCGUAAUUAACGUUUACUAAUUAAUUUAUUAUUAUUUAUUUUAUUUAUUGUUAGUCAUAGGCGUUGUUAAUUGCUUAGAUUCGUAUCUCUGUUUGCCUAGUGGUCUGUAAAUAAUAGCAAUUGUGGCAUAAUACCCUUCGACCUCACUGAACAUAUUCUGCUUCCCAAUAAAUGAAACCUUGACAAAUAAAAAGAAA